UUCUGCAGAUAACUUCCUUGACCGAAGCUAACGCUAAAUGCAACCGUUUUAACGCAAAAUGUCGACUUGUUGCGUGUCUGGUUGUAAAUACCGAUACACCCCGGGCAGCAACAUCAAGUUGUACAGAAUACCGUCUGGCUCUCGGCCGUACCACGCCAACAAGAGGCGGUUAUGGCUCGAAGCAAUACAGCGAGCGAACGGCAGCACGGAGCCAAUCAAAGACACCGCUCGUGUUUGUAGCGCUCAUUUCAUAUCAGGAGAGGCGUCUAUGGAGUAUGGCAUGCCGGACUUUGUGCCUUCUGUGUUUACAUGCGCUGAACGGAGCGCGACCCCAAAGAAAAAAGUGAGAUGGAGCCUCCGUACAGCCAAAGUGAGAGGAAAAGUAGAGGAAAAAACAACUCCGCCUGAAGUUGAUUCUCCUGUGGACCUCCAGUCCUCUGUUUUGAUGGAAACUGAAACAGAACUUUUAAUGGAAACACAGACUCCGUCAACCCCAUCAGUGCCAAAGGAAGAAGAAACAUCGACUAAACAGGCUGAGAAUGAAACCAGAGCAGUCCAGUUGCAAACAUCCAACACAAACAUGCCAUCACUGUCCUUUAAAGCACCAGCAGGCAUUGCAAAACUACUAUUAAGGAGUCCCAUUGUGCUUCUGAAGCCCAUAGUUUCACCAGCAGGUGGCUACCAGUGUGAUCAGUGCAAUCUCACCUUUCCCAUUGCCUCACAACUUAUAAAACACAAACAGCUGCAUGAAGAACAGAAGUCCUUAAUCUGUGCAAAGUGCUUCCCAAGUCAGACGGAUCUCACUGAGCACCAUGCUGUCCACGAGGAAGAACCCUCCUUUCCUUGUAACAUUUGUGAUCGAUCUUUUCCCACAAGUCGGAGUCUCAAGCGUCACAAACUGCUCCAUGUUAGAGAUGGCAGGAAAUGCCUCACUUGUGGUGCACUGUUUUGUCGCCGUCACCGCCACCUUUCAUUCCUGCCAAAGAUUGAGUGCAAGACAGGGUCUGAGGAAGAAUCUUCCAUCAUUGAACAGCAACACGUAGGCAGUAAUUUGAUCCCAGAAAAUGAUCUGCCAAACCAGUCGAUUGAAGAGUCUGUGCCUGGCGAGUCUUCCCCAGUGCCUGACGAGUCUUCACCAGGGCCCAGCAAAUCUUCCCCAGUGCCUGNCGAGUCUUCACCAGGGCCCAGCAAAUCUUCCCCAGUGCCUGGGGAGUCUUCACCAGUGUCUGACAACGCUCAGAACACCCAGAUCUUUACACUUCUACUGACUUCUUCUACCUCAACUUCUGCAGCUACACCUUCAACCUCUACAUUUUCAACUAAGACCUCUAAUGCCCCUCAUCCACCUCUACACACGAGUGACUUACCUAAAAUUCCUACACGGGUGCUGCCGGAACCCUCUUCUAUGCCCCCUCCACCUCCUGCAAUAAUCAGAUAUAGGGGACAAGGUACCUCGUUUAAGUAUAGGUCAUCAGUGCCUGCAACUUUCAAUCAGCCUCAAUGUCCAGAACUCCCACCCUCUCUGAAGAUCUUCUCGCCUCAGUACCUCACCUCAGCCUUACUUGAGGUUAAAAGAAAUUAUGAAUAUAUUUUCAGUAAAUCAAAGGAUGUUAAGAUGAAGCCUAUUGUGAAGGAGGAACCAGCUGAGCCACUGAUGGUUUCUAAAGAUGAGCAAACCAUCACAAACAAAAAGGAGAGAAUUGCAUAUGACCUUGAGAUUGUACUCUGAUCAAAGCAGUAGUACAAAAUGUAUGACUUUUAAAACUGUGAUUCAGUCCUGCACUUCAGAUGCAGUUUGACAUGUUUGCCUGAACAGAAAGGAUUCACAUUUCACUACUACUAACAGCAGGACUGGGUCUUUGUAACAGAAUGUUAAUAGGCCAAUCCUGCACAGUCAUUAGUCUGUUUGGUAGAUUUACUGCUAAAAUAUAGACUCAUUUGGGUUGAUUUUACCAUUACACUGCGUUUUUCCCACCUGUGGGAUAGUUCUGUUUUUUAACCUUCCUGUAGUGCUCACAUAAGUAUACUUCAAAUGAGGGCUGUACAAUUAAUACAUUUCAAACUAAAAUCUCGAUUUAAAAAA